UGAAAAGAGAAUUGUUACCAGAAAUAUGAUCCGAUGCACCUGAAUCAAUGACCCAAGACUCAGAGGAUGAAGAUUGAGAGACACAAGUCACGCUAUUACCUGUUUGAACAACAGAAGCUAUCUCAGAAGAUGUCUGCUUACCUGCUUUGUACUGAAAAAACUCAAAAUAAUCCGCUAAAGAAACCAUCCGACUAUUCGAAGUAUCGGUUCCCAUCUUGCUACAAUUAAUAGUAGUAGGGUUAACUUGAAAUAGUGAAAAUUAGGAACUCCUUUGGGAAAACUGAAGAAAUCGCCGAGAAAACACUGUUUACAGUAGGAAAACAGAACACUGUUCUGCGCCGGAAAAACUGUUCACGCCAGAAAUACUGUAGCUCUCGGAAUAUUACUGUAGCAGCCGGAAAAAAUUCAAAGUGGUCGGAAUGAAAUAAAAACAGUAGGGGUAAGAUCGGAAUUACCAGAUGACCCAACUGUUCUGAAGAAACUUUUUUAAAAAAUGGGUGGAAGUCCACUUCUGAAAUCACUGUUCACGCCGGAAAAAUAUAAAAGUGGUCGGAAUUUGGUGUAACCUAGAUGGGUAGGCUCGGAAUUGCAAGGGGAACAAUCUAUCCUGAAGAAUCGUCGCUAAAAAAUGGCCGCAAGGUGGCCCACGCGACAUCAGGACUUCGCCGGAAAAUUUUCUUCCGACAGCUACACUACCGCCGGAAAUUUUCACUGGGGUUUGGUCGCCGGACAGUGACUACUCUUGUGGUAGUGUUGGAUUUUGCGACUAACCGAGACAAAGCAGACGCAAAACAACUUUGAAAAAUCGCCGGAAAAAAAAAGGUUCCGGUGACUGAUUUCACUUCCCGAAAUCGCUGGAAUUUAUGCACAUACUAUAGCUCUGAUACCAUGUGAGAAGGCACGGGAGAAAAUAUGAUAUAUUGAUAUUGUGUGUUCAAUACAAUACAAGAGGUCCUUAUUUAUAGCUAUACUAUACAAGGACAUACUACUCCUAUUCCAAUGUGGGACAAGACUACAUUAUGUACAUAUCUAACAGAACUCAACUCAAACUAAACCUGACUUAGAGUCCAAUUUACAAGUUAACUUCGUUUGAGUUAGUUAUGGCGACAUGGGACUUCAACCAAAUCCAGUCAAAUAUGUACUCGACCAUGAUUCGAGGUAGCACAUGCCGACAUAAUCCUUCUAAAGCAAUCAUUUGAAGAAAAAUGGUCGAAGAAAAGUAAAAGAUCCAAAUAACAUACAGCGAAAAGUUAUAAUCAAUUCAUUCCAAAAAAAAUAUAUUACAAAGUGCCAGAAAGACGCCCACACACAAAAAAAGGGAAGAAAAAGAGAAGACAAAAACUAAGUACAAGCUACUACUCCACGCGUCCCCGCCUUCAUCGCCACCGCCCUCUCCACCGUCUGGAUACUCGUCAUCGUACCAGGCGUCCUGCUCAAAUCUUUGAGCUCUUGCAACUUCAUGCCAAGGUUUCAGGGGGGAUUAGUGUUGCUCAGCCAUUGUAUUAGCAGUGAGGAAUCAGCUUCUAAGUAUAUGUUUAUGAAUCCAUUCCCCAGACACCCCCUGAUCCCAAUAAUUGCAUUGGAUCCGAAGCCUAAGGGAGAGGCUAUUGCAUGAAAGAAAUCACCCUGUGAGUCUCUUACUAUCACCCCUGCUCCAGUGUUCCCAAGAUUUGUGAGAGCACUACACUACCAUCACUGUUUACCUUCACAAACCCAUCGUGAGGUUUUUGCCAAAUUACCUGGAGGGUAGUAGUAAGGUGUGUUGUUUGGUCAUCGUGUACAAUUCAAUCCAGGUGAAAGGCCAAUCAAUAAGAGGAUAAUUGGCUUUGAGUAAUAGCUGAAUGCCUGAGUUGAUUGAAAACAGAUCUCUAGACAGAGAAGAAGUUCUAUUGCCAUACUUUGCAUUGCAUCUAUUUUUCCAUAAACUGCAACAGAUAAUGAUAGGACGGACUUGGUCCAUGCAUACAUGUUGCUGCUUUAUGAUGAUGAAGCUGAAGUCCACACAGCUGCGGCUGGUCAGCUGACCAUGUUUUUCCGGAUAGUGAGUCCUGAGCUCCUUGUCCGGCAUAUUGCUCCUUGUAUCGAGGAAUAUUUUUCAUCAGAUGCACCUCAGCAUGUUCGUUCUGCUGCGCUUUCAAUUAUUGGGGCAAUGAAUCCUCUUUUAGGAAAGCUCAGGCCGCAGGAGUUAAUUGAGGCAGUGACUGUUGGAUUGCAGUGUGAGAACGUCCUUGUUAGGUGGAUUUGUUGUCAGCGCCUCUCUAUUGUAGCCGGUUUACUUGGCGAGAAGAGAACUCGCGAAGAGUUGCUGCUUAUUCUCAUUCAGGAGAUAUUGGAUGAUGAUGAGGAAGAGGUUCUUCUUGUGGUGGCUGAACAACUAGGAGGCUUUAUUCCGUAUGUGGGAGGAAUUGAACAUGCCGCUGUAUUAAUUCCGUUUUUGGAAAGCCUUUGUAUUGCUGACAAGUCUUCCGUCAGGAACAAGGUAGUUGAGUCACUGUGCAUAAUAGGGUCUCAAAUGAUUGAAACAGACUUCAUCAAUUCGUUCAUUCCACUGUUGAAGAGACUGGCAACUGUGUCUAACCUGGGGCAUGUUGCUCGAGCUUCGUCCAUUGGGUUGUUUCAGAUUGCUUAUCAAAAUGCUCCAGAGCAUUUAAGAAAUGAACUAAUAAUUAUGUAUAGCCAACUGUGCCAAGAUGACAUGCCUAUGGUGAGGAGAGCAGCUGCAACGAAUCUUGGAAAGUUUGCUGUUAGUAUGAUAAUGGCUCCUUUUUUAGCAAUGGCUGAUGACAGUCUGAUAGAACUGUAUCACGAAUUCAUCACUGAUUUUGAGAUAAAGAGCAAUUUUCUUAAGCUUGCACAUUUUGCUGUAAAUGCUUCUCAGCAAUACUCAGAGAAAGAAGCUGCAAUAGGGUACUUGGAAGGAGUAGUUGAGAUACUUCUAAAUGCUAAAGACAUACGCAUAGAGGAGUCGAUACUUUAUAUUAAGUUGCAGAUUGCCCUAUUUGAGCUUGCGAAAGGGGAUCAAAAAGACUGCAAGAAGCUUUUAGAACAGGGGAAGACUACACUUGACAGCAUGACUGAUAUUGACCCCUCCGUUUAUGCCAGCUAUUAUUGGGUUUCAUCUCAGUAUCAUAAAGCUCGGCAGGAGUUUGCAGAGUUUUACAUAAGUGCUCUCCGCUAUCUUGCAUACACUUCAGUGGACAGUCUUUCGGAGCCAUUCAAGCUGGAUCUGGCAUUUGAUUUGUUUUUGUCAGCACUACUGGGAGACAAUGUAUACAACUUCAGCGAACUGCUUGCUCAUCCAAUUAUAAAGAAUGUGAUAGGGUCUAAGGGUGAAUGGCAAUACUAUAUCCUUGAAGCAUUAACCACUGGUGAUUUAGAUCGCUAUCAAGAUUUGUGCGACAUCCAUCAAACUGCUUUAAGUGCUCAACCAGCAUUAGUGCAGAAUGAGAAAAAGCUUCUGGAGAAGAUCAACAUUCUCAGCUUGAUGGAGAUCAUUGUCAGUCGCUCGGCAGAGGAUAGAACUAUUCCACUGAGUGCCAUUGCAGAGCACACUAAGCUUAACGUGGAAGAUAUAGAGUAUCUCCUAAUGAAGAGCCUCUCGGUGCAUCUGAUGGAAGGAACAAUUGAUCAGGUGGAAGGGACUGUUCUCGUGUCUUGGGUUCAACCUAGAUUUUUGGGUAUUCCUCAGGUCCAGUCAUUGAGGGAUCGGGUGGACCAUUUGGUGGAUAAAGUACACACUUUAUCGUUAUUCAUGGAAGCCGAGACUCGUGAUUUCUCGUGAUUUAGCUGCAUCAUAAUCUUUAGGUCUCAUUAUAGUUUUGGGAUGUAGAUGCUUGUUCUCAUUAUGAAAUGACGUCUAAAUACUGUGUACAAUAUGCACAUUUUUCUUUACGAGGCAUGAAAGAAUCUAAAUGUACAGAAAUAAAUCUUUUGGGCUAGGUAAACGGGAGACAAUUCACAAUCUUCCAAUGUCAUGAACUCCAAGCAUAUAAGCGUAAAUAAAAUUUGUACAUUGAAUGGUUUUCAGUACUUCA